AUGAAACAAGUCGGAGAAGUUGUAAGGGCCGACAUCAUUGAAGACUAUGACGGAAAGUCCAAGGUAACGUGCCAUCAACUUACGUCACACUCAUCACAGGGUUGUGGUUUGGUGGAGUUCGCAGACGAGGAAACUGCUCUAAGGGCAAUGAGGGAACUUAACGACACGAUGAUAUGUGAUCGUCCAAUAUUCAUAAGGGAAGACCGAGAGGGACCGCAAACUUUCCGCGGAGGAAGGCGCGGCCCGAACAGAGACUGGAAACAAUCCGGGUAG